UGGAGAAUCUCAUCUAAUCUGAUAGAAGAAGCUUACGGCGCAAUAUCUGAUAAACGGAGAUGAGAUUACUAUCGAACGGCCAUUAUGCGGGACUUUGGUAAACUGAUUGCAUGGCAACCUAAUGUCCACUUGACCCCCGUGGAUUCUCCUUUUCCACUACUCAGGUAGUGUAAAAGGCGCGCCGGGUUAUAUAUCUGUCGGGCGUGGACUAGGCAAAUUGCAAUACCGUUCUCGGAGGUUUUUGGCGGACUGCAGGCUCCAACGACAACGUGGGACCAGAUGCGGCGGUCUCGCCCUUUCUUCGACCUCAUGUCACCGACUAUCAGAUAAACCGAUAGCCGAAAUCUGAUAAGCACAUCUGACUGACAGCGACAAAAUUUUCCUCGUCUAUGAAUUUGUCGCCGGGCGACAGUGUUUGCAAGCCGUUGUGAGCUCGAGCGCCCAUAAAGCUUGGCUGAGUGGCAUGGCAUCGUCGUUAGAUCCGUGUCGAUUCAUCUGGGAGAGCGAAUUACUUCCCUGUGCUACUUGUGCUUAGUUGCAUUCCCGACACACCGCCUGUCAGUGUACUUACCGGGAAUAAGUAUCGCGAAACGGGCCCGGAAGUAUCCUAAUGGCAGUUCUAUCCCACCGACAGAAGCCGGAUGGUUUCGUACAGUAAUAUAAGUGGGGUUCCCGGAUUCAGCGCUUGAAGCAGGUUUUCCCUCUCUGCCCUUCCCCCCGCCCUUCAGCUGCCAACGACCACGAACAUGUUUACCUACCAUGACCAGAUGAUCAUCGCUCACGGUGCGCAUGGCUUCCAUAGAGCUCCGGCCUCCGGCUGAUCGACCUGCUCAGCUGUAUUCGCUUCCAUCGCGGUGUUGUUCACCGCGCCCGCAGCGGUCCUCAUCGGCCGCUUCUUCCGCGACCGCCAAUGGUGGUUCAAAGGGCACCUCGUACUCCAGACGCUCACGGCCGUAUGCGUCAUCAUCGUGUUCAUCGUCGGCACCGCCGCAGUCGACAGCGGCGCGCACCCGAACCAGUUCGUCGGGUCGCGCAAGGACCCGCACCACGACAUCGGCCUGUCCAUCUUCAUCCUGUUCCUGCUGCAGUUCAUCCUCGGCGUCGUCGCGCACUACACGCACUCGGCGGGGUACAGCAAGCCGGGCAGCGCGUUCCCGACCAUCACGGUGCAGAAGCACGCGCUGCGCCAUGUCCACGUCUUCUGCGGGAUCGCGAUGACCGCGCUGCUCUACGCGGGGAUGAAGACGGGGAUGGACGAGUGGAACCGCGUCGCUGACGCCGGGACGCUCGUGCCCCGCGGAAUCACGAUCGCGUUCUGGGUGCUCUUCGCGCUCGAGGUCGCCGCGUACGUUGCGGGCUGGGCGAGCGAGCCAGUGCGCUCGAGGAGUAUGCAGCCAAGCGCCGCUACGAGCACAGAAAAAGUAGCCGCAUGAGCACAGUACGAAGAUUAUGAAAUUGUAAUGAGAUUAUUUUUCCACUGAAUCAGUGUGCGAAUGUGUGACCAGCGGGUGGGUGGGUGCUGGUCGCGCUUAGCGUGACAGAGUGAGUGCGUCACGUGUGUCACGUGCUGGAAACCGUCCCCUAAGCCGGAGUUCCAGGCGCCAAAGUUCGAGCAAACCGUGAUCAUCGUAUCUCCGCACCAUUCUGCUCUUUCCCUUUGGUCGACAAUCAUGAUGGCGCUCCAGAAGCAUCUCCUGAACGACCCUGAAUCUCUUGUCAUCGAUUCCUUGGCUGGCCUGUGCGCAGUCAACAACCAACUCGUCCUCGACCCACCGAGCAAAGGUGAGCGGAGCGAUCCUCGUUUUGAGGUGGCCCGCAGUCUCACACGCGACGGCGGCAGUCGUCUACAACUCCCACCGGUGACCGCUCCAAAGUCGCGCUCAUCUGCGGCGGCGGCUCCGGCCAUGAGCCUUCGCAUGCUGGAUUCGUCGGUUCGCGAUACCCUAGAGACGCUGUCUCGACGCAGCAGCUCACGAUGCGGACCAGGCGAGGGAUGCUCAGCGCCGCGGUCUGCGGCCACGUGUUCGCUUCCCCCCUCCAACGCGGCGCAAGUGCGGCGCGGGAUGGAUCUGGUCGAGAACGACGCGGGAACCUUGAUUCUGGUCAAGAACUACACCGGCGACGUUCUCAACUUCGGGCUCGCGGCGGAACAGUACGCCGCGGAGCACGCAGACAAGUCGGAUCGCGUCAAGUUUAUCGUAGUCGGCGACGAUGUGGCCCUGGGCCCUGGCGGCGGAGGGCGCGACGCUCGACGAGGUGCUGCCGUCGCGCAAUGGGUCUCGGGUCGUCGGAACGAUCGGGGUCGGGCUGGAACAUUGCCAUGUAUUGCGACCCUCCUGCUACCGCUCAUUCUAUUGUGCCCUAACAAGCUUCAACAGGUCCCGGGCACCGCGUCACCCUCCCAUUCCCUCGGUACAAGCGAAAUUGAGAUCGGCCUGGGGAUCCACAACGAGCCGGGCAACCAGCGUCUCUCGUGCAUCCCACCGCUCUCAGAGCUCAUGGUGACUCUGCUCGACCUAAUCACUCUCACGACAGAUCCAGAGCGGGCGUACCUGCCAUUUCAGAACGACGGAAAGGACGAGGUGGUGUUGCUGGUGAACAAUCUUGGUGGGAUGAGCGAGCUCGAGCUGGGUGGGGUCGUCCGCGCGCUGCUUACGAGGAGCUGCAGAAGAGGCAGAUCGUCGUCCGCAGAGUCAUCUCCGGCACUUUCAUGUCUCAACAUGCCAGGCUUCUUCAUUUCACUUGUUUUGCUGCCUCGAGCGGACGAGUCGGACGCCCCGAAAGUCGAUAAACUACUCAUGCUGCUCGAUGCGCCUGCGAAGACCCCCGGCUGGAAGUGGUCCUCAGGCACGGCUCCAAUCACUCCAACGCCUCUCGCGCCUUCUGCAGUCUCUGCCGUCAACAAGGCUUCUAGCGCUAACCCCGCCGUGUUGAGGGAGAUCGAGGCCGGGAACAUCGCUGGAUCGGAUCUGGUCUCCGACGUCGUCGCGAUCUCGAAGGUCGCGGAGACUCGGAUGGGGGGAACCAGUGGGGCCAUCUACUCGAUCUACCUCUCCGCCCUCGCCCAGGGAAUCCAGACUCACGCCCAGAACUCGGCUCCCGAAAUGUGGGAACGAGCACUGGCCAGCGCGCUUGCCAAGCUCUACACGUACACCCGCGCACGGCCGCCGUCUCGUACCUUGGUCGACCCGCUCGCUGCGUUCGUCAACGCGUUCCCGGACGGCUUUUUCCGGCGCAGUGAAGGCGGCUGCGGAAGCCGCCGCGCACACGAAGGACGUCGAGGCGAAGGCUGGGCGCAGCGCGUAUGUCGAUGCCGGGAUGCUCAGCCGGGAGCAGGUGGCUGAUCCCGGAGCCUGGGGUGUGAGAAGGUGAUUCUAGAGGGCGCUGUAGGAGUCGCUAGUGUAUUGAAAUAUGAAAGUUGUAGUCGAGGAUCUUGUAACAACUGAAUGACAAAGUCUAUCUGUUCGUGA